ACUCCCUCUCUUCUCCCACUUCUCACCCCCCAAUAUCACCUCCUCCUCCUCCGGUCGCCACUUCCUCUCAAAUCACUAGCUCAGAAUCCAAUCUUGCAUGGCAGCCAGAGAGCCUUUCAACGUAACCGCCAAGUCUCCCUUGGCGGCGCCGCCUCACUCGCCUUGGCAUUCUCCGGUUCCUUACUUGUUUGGUGGCUUGGCAGCCAUGUUGGGCCUCAUUGCUUUUGCUCUGCUAAUCCUUGCAUGCUCCUAUUGGAGGCUUUCCGGGUAUCUCGAGGGAGACGGCGCCGCAGAGAGAGACCUCGAGGCUGGCGAGGGGAAGAGCGAUGACACCCAGAAGCCGCCACCGGUGUUUGAAGAGAAAAUUUUGGUGAUUAUGGCGGGUGAAGUGAAGCCAACAUUCUUGGCUACACCCAUGUCCAGUCGGUCGUCUUCUUUCACGGAUAGUUGUAGCAGUUGUGGUAACGAGAAGAAGGUGGAAAUGGCGGAGACUGCAAAGCAGCAAGGUGUUGGUGAUCAUGUCCAGGUACCACAAGAGAAUGAGAACAGGGAGACCCGGCCUGAAACCUCAGUAGAUCAGGCCCAUUAAUUUCCAUCUUUUUGGCUCGUGGUUCUUGGCUCUAGAUGGUUUGGUACUCGUGCGAGCUCAUACUAGGUGUAUACUUUUUUAUUCUAGGUCAUUUUGGGAGCGUCUGUGAAUGAGCUUGCAUGCUAGAAUAUUGGUGUGGGUUGUUCUGGGAUGUACUUCCUUUUUCUUCCCAAUCUUUUUUCUCUUCGGGAAAUGUAAAUUGAUUUGAGAUGGGAUGGAAUGGAAUGGAAGAAGCACCAACUCUUCACCUUAUUACUUUCUUUUUUUCAGUUUUUAUAAGAUUAGAUUGUACAUAGUUUGCGGGGAUUUUCAUUUCCGAGAGGCUGGUAUGGUUUCGGGAAAUUCAGAAACCAGGAGAAAACGGCCCGGAUCAAGGAGCCUAAAAUUUGACAUCAUCCGGAUUCUGGUGAAAAGGUAGAGAAGGAAGAGUAACGUGGGGAGCUGGGAUUAAGGGUCAUAGUAAAAGGAGAGCACGUGUAAUGCUAUGCAGGCAUAGACUCUGUAGGUGUGUGCCUGAUGCGGCGAGGUGAAGCUGCACCCAGGUUGCUGAUCACAAGUACUGUUGGUGAGGCUUUAAUGUACUCAAAUUUUGUUACCUGUGUACAUUUAUUAAACAUUUGGGGUUGUUCUGUCGUGACUAUCGUGAUUUAA